UUCUACCCACGCAACUUGCUGCCAAGGCAGAGUACAGAAAGAGAGUUACAGACAGACACCGGCCGGCCCACCUCGUCCGCUCGUGAACGUUCGUUCCUUCGUACGCCACCUUACGCUCCUGCUCUCCGCUUCGCCUUCGCGCGCCUCCGGCCAGCUAGCUGCCGACAACGCCCCGGCGAGUCGGCGACAAGCUCGACAGCGACCGUACGUGAAGAAGGUGGUACCGGCGGCAUGGUCGACCACCGGCAACUGGGUGUCGCCGACGCCGACCUCUACGCCGUCCUGGGGCUCAAGAAGGAGUGCUCCGACGCCGACCUCAGGCUCGCCUACCGGAGGCUCGCCAUGACAUGGCAUCCGGACCGGUGCUCCGCGUCCGGCAGCUCGGCGCGCGUCCAGGAGGCCAAGGAGCGGUUCCAGGAGAUCCAGAGCGCAUACUCCGGUCACGAUUUCUCCAUUUCACUAUCUUCUUCUGUUCUACGUGCUUUCAUUCAGAAGCACAACUAAAAGUUAUCUCCAUGGCGAAUAAGCAGAUCUUUCUGCUGCUGCCGCCUACCUGCGUGUGUAAAACUCAUAUGCCACGUACGGGGCCUCCUCUGUUUCCAAUGUUGUGCCACGCAGUGCUCUCCGACUCCGGCAAGCGGCUCCUCUACGACGUCGGCGUCUAUGACAGCGACGACGACCGCCUCGACGAGCAACAUGUGUCGGGGAUGGGCGGCUUCUUCGGAGAGAUGGCCGAGAUGAUGAGCCAGGCAACGCCAACCGAUAGCUUCGAGGAGCUGCAGCAGCUGUUCGUGGACAUGUUCCAGGCCGACCUCGUCGCCGGCGGGUUCGGCGGUGCGCCACCUAUGGGCCGCCGGGUCCAGGCCCCGGCCCCGAGUCCAUCCUGUACCUCUGGACCUACGUCUGCGCAGGCACGGCCGUCCUGUAACAAGGGUGUGAACAAGCGGUGUUCAUUGGCGAUGGGCUCUGGGACGCCGCCAAGGGCCUGUCGCCCAGGGUCCGCCUCCGGCCCCGGCCUUGACUCCAGGGGAAGUGAUGGGAGGCGAGGGGAGGAAGGGCCAUGGACGACGACGCAGGAAGACGCGAGCAUCGGCGGCAGGAAGAAGAAACAGAGGCUGUCGACGGGCCACGGCGUGUCGUCCUAGGAGGAAGCAAGGGAUGCGCGGCGCGGCCGGGGCGGCGUUGAUGCGCGCCGCCCGUGCUCUCUGCAGAUCUGACUGAGGGUCAGCAAGUUUUGGAAGAUAAUUCGCAAACUUUUAAAUUAGUUUCUUCGUUUAUUCUCUUAGAUUGAUUCUCUUGGGGUAGCACUGGUAGCUAAGUUCUAAUGUUAGACAUCUUCAAUAGAUGGUGUAGAUGUAAAAAUAAGGAAAACGAUUGCGCGCUCAGUCGGCUGAUAAUCAUCACGCUUCCAUCA